CAGAGUUCUGACAUAACAUUCUUAACAUUUCACAAACAUGAUUUGUGACAUACCUGUGUACCUACAAUCAUAACAGAGUUGUAGCUGAAUAGAAAUGUGUUGAUUUUACUUUUUCGGGAAACAAACACUAACUUUUGUUUAUAUGGCUCAAUAACCUUGAAUUGGAUUCGUACCAACUAUUUUGUUCCCAAACCAUCUCUUCAAAGUAUGGGUAUUGGUGACUAUUUAAAAGGAAUAUACCAUAAAGUUUCUGGUAAAAAGAAACCCGAGAAAGAUGAAAAGCAAAGUGGCUUGGAUGAUCUCAAACAGGAGCUGGAUAUGGAUGAGCACAAAAUAUCUCUUGAGGAGUUGUAUUCUCGAUUAUCUACCGAUCCUGAAAAUGGUCUGAAAAGUGAAGAUGCCAAGGUUCGAUUAGAGCGUGAUGGACCAAAUGCAUUAACACCACCAAAACAAACUCCAGAAUGGGUAAAAUUCUGCAAAACACUCUUUGGUGGAUUUUCAAUGCUUCUAUGGAUCGGUGCUAUUCUUUGCUUUAUCGCGUAUGGAAUUCAAAGAAGUUCGGGUGAUGACGAUACAAAGGAUAAUUUGUAUCUUGGUAUCGUCUUGGCAGCCGUGGUUGUGAUUACCGGUUGUUUUUCGUAUUAUCAAGAGUCGAAAUCAUCACGUAUCAUGGAUUCAUUCAAAAAGAUGGUUCCACAAACUGCUCUUGUAAUACGAGACGGUAAAAAGAUUGAAAUCGAAGCACAAUAUUUAGUAGUAGGCGAUAUAACUGAAGUGAAGUUUGGCGAUCGUGUUCCAGCAGAUAUACGCAUUAUUACAGCUAGUUCAUUCAAGGUGGAUAAUUCUGCAUUGACUGGUGAAUCUGAACCGCAGUCACGUACACCAGAGUUUACAAAUGAUAAUCCCUUGGAAACGAAAAAUUUGGCUUUCUUCUCAACAAAUGCUGUAGAUGGUGAGUAG